AUGCCACCCCGAAAAAGAAGUGCACCUAUCGCCGACGCCUCAGAAGAAGCUGCGCCCAAGCGUAGGUCUCUUCGGCAAGCUGCCAAAGGAAAUCCUGACCCUGAAGCGCCUCCCGCAGCCAAAGCCAGCCCGCCAAAGAAGGCUGCCAAAGCGAAGAAGCAAGAGAAGCCCAAAGCACCAGCAAAGACUGAAGAGCCCGAAGCGCCCAAGGCGACGAAGGCGGCCAAGAAACAGGAACCUCCUCAGUCUGGCUCUCGUGGCGUCUCUGAAGAUCCAGAUAUUGACUCGAUCCCGACGAUCAAUCCUGAAGCCCCAAAGCACGAUGGCCAGUGGUACUGGCUCAUGAAAGCUGAGCCUGAGACUCGUAUUGAGAAUGGUGUUGAUGUCAAAUUUUCUAUUGAUGACUUAAAGGCAAAGACAGAGCCUGAAGGAUGGGAUGGCAUUCGAGCGUACGCUGCUCGGAACAACAUGAGGAACAUGAACACCGGUGAUCUCGCUUUCUUCUACGCCAGCAACUGCAAAGAACCCGGCAUCGUCGGCGUAAUGGAAAUUGUCAAAGAAUUCUCCGAAGACAGCAAGUAUCCCUUCUCCGCCAACGCACGCGCGCCAUACUACGAUCCCAAAUCCACAAAAGAGAAACCCAUCUGGGACCUGGUCCACGUCGAGUUUAGGAAGAAAUUUGCAGUGCCUAUUGGUCUGAAGGAACUUCGUGAGCUUGGGAAGCCUGGUGGGCCUCUGGAGAUGAUGCAGUUGCUUAAGCAGUCGAGACUGAGUGUGAGUAAAGUUAGUGGUGAGGAGUGGAGAUUUUUGUGUGAGCUUGCGGAUGAGAAGGCGAAGGAUGCUGGGUUGAAGCAUGGCGAGGGUGAGAAGUAA